CUCUCUAUCUCUCUCUCUAUCUAUCUCCCUUCUAUACCCCUCCCUCUGUAUCUCUCCCUUACUCUUAUCCCCUCUCUCUAUUUCCAUAGUUUCAGUAUUAUAUCUUCCCAUCGAAAUGUUGUCUUCGUGCAGACAUCCUGGGUUUCGUACUCUUCUGAGGAACUUCGCUAAACAGCAGCGCUUUGCCAGUACAUUGGUAAUUGCUGAACACAACAAUGAUACACUCGGCUCUAUUACUCUGAAUGCAAUUAGUGCCGCAGCAAAGAUUGGUGGAGAUAUCACAUGUUUGGUGGCAGGAACUCAAUGUGCCAAGGUUGCAGAAUCUGUGAGCAAAGUAAAAGGUGUUGGAAAAGUUCUAGUUGCCGAAAAUGAAUCCUUCAGUGGUUUCUUACCAGAAUCCCUGACUCCAUUGAUAGUUAACCUGCAGAAUCAGUUCAAAUUUAGUCAUGUUUUGGCCGGUGCCACAGCUAUUGGGAAAAACCUGUUACCCCGAGUUGCUGCUAAACUUGAUAUUUCACCAGUUAGUGAUAUCAUAGGUAUUAAAUCAGAAGAUACAUUCGUACGCACUAUUUAUGCUGGUAAUGCCAUCCAAACAGUACAGGUGACUGAGAGUGUAAAGGUGGUUACUGUACGAGGUACUUCUUUCGACCCGGCUUCUACAGAUGGUUCUGGUGCUGCUAUUGAAAAUGUUCCUGAUGCCACUGUUGAGAACUCUGUUUCCAAAUUUCAAGGCCAACAACUGUCAAAAAGUGACCGGCCUGAGCUGUCCAGUGCCAGUAUUGUUAUAUCUGGAGGACGUGGAAUGAAGAGCGGAGACAACUUCAAGCUCCUUUAUGAUCUUGCUGAUAAAAUGAAUGCAGCUGUUGGUGCAUCUCGUGCUGCAGUUGAUGCUGGUUUUGUCCCUAAUGAUCUUCAGGUUGGGCAGACAGGCAAGAUUGUGGCACCGGACCUUUAUAUGGCUGUUGGUAUAUCCGGUGCAAUCCAGCAUUUAGCUGGCAUGAAAGACAGUAAGAUUAUUGUUGCUAUCAAUAAGGAUCCAGACGCUCCUAUCUUUCAAGUUGCGGAUUAUGGAUUAGUGAUGGACUUAUUCAAGGCUGUUCCUGAGAUGACAAACCUUAUCAAGAGUUCCUGAUGUUCUCACGCUGUGUGACCUAGUGAUCAGGUGAUGGUGUAACACAGAACAUUGGCUGGUUUGGUCUGACCAGAUGUAACGUGGAGACACUUGAUUAUAGUAAUCACACACACACACACACACACACAUUUAUAAAAUAAAUUCACACACACACAUAGGCAUACAUUAAUCUCAAAGGACACACAUACAUUUACUUACACUGUUUAAUACAAACACACACAGACACACACGUAUAUACAGUCUGGUAUACACACAUACUCUCUAGCAUAUGCUUCUGAGACUGCUACACACAUACAAAACAGUGUCAUACACAUGCAUACUACAUGCACACAAAUGUAUACACACACACACACACACACACACACAUAUAUACAUACUGACUUAAAUAUACACAUAUACAGUUAUGUAAAUGUUCUUUACUGAUGAAUAAACAAAGUUGUGAUAAUUUUAUUUACA